AUGUCGUCAGCGCUGCGCCACGUGCCGUGGGGAGAGUGGGAGGCGGUGCGGGUCGAGUCGAGUCUGCUGGGGCCCGCCGCUACUACUCGCAAAUCUAUAUCCUUCGGCGGGAUCGGCCGGGCCACCCCACAUGGUGCCCCCUCUACCGCUAUUCGUGCGCUGCCAGUCAUAUGCGGCCGUGAUGAUGAGGCCCGUUCUGUUCCGUUCUCCCUCUCCUUCCCUGCCCUGCCUGCCACGUGUAGAGAGAGUCAAGGGGGGAUCAGAGAAGGUCAAGGGGGGAUCAGAGAAAGUCAAGGGGAGAUCAGAGAAAGUCAAGGGGGAUCAGAGAAAGUCAAGGGGGGAUCAGAGAAAGUCAAGGGGGGAUCAGAGAAAGUCAAGGGGGGAUCAGAGAAAGUCAAGGGGGGAUCAGAGAAAGUCAAGGGGGGAUCAGAGAGAAUCAAGGGGGGAUCAGAGAGAAUCAAGGGGGGGUCAGAGGAAGUCAAGCGGGGAUCAGAGAAAGUCAAGGGGAGAUCAGAGAAAGUCAAGGGGAGAUCAGAGAAAGUCAAGGGGGGAUCAGAGAAAGUCAAGGGGGGAUCAGAGAAAGUCAAGGGGGGAUCAGAGAAAGUCAAGGGGGGAUCAGAGAAAGUCAAGGGGGGAUCAGAGAAAGUCAAGGGGGGAUCAGAGAAAGUCAAGGGGAGAUCAGAGAAAGUCAAGGGGGGAUCAGAGAAAGUCAAGGGGGGAUCAGAGAAAGUCAAGGGGGGAUCAGAGAGAAUCAAGGGGGGAUCAGAGAGAAUCAAGGGGGGGUCAGAGGAAGUCAAGCGGGGAUCAGAGAAAGUCAAGGGGAGAUCAGAGAAAGUCAAGGGGGGAUCAGAGAAAGUCAAGGGGGGAUCAGAGAAAGUCAAGGGGGGAUCAGAGAAAGUCAAGGGGGGAUCAGAGAAAGUCAAGGGGGGAUCAGAGAAAGUCAAGGGGGGAUCAGAGAAAGUCAAGGGGAGAUCAGAAAAAGUCAAGGGGGGAUCAGAGAAAGUCAAGGGGGGAUCAGAGAAAGUCAAGGGGGGAUCAGAGAAAGUCAAGGGGGGAUCAGAGAAAGUCAAGGGGGGAUCAGAGAAAGUCAAGGGGGGAUCAGAGAAAGUCAAGGGGGGAUCAGAGAAAGUCAAGGGGAGAUCAGAGAAAGUCAAGGGGGGAUCAGAGAAAGUCAAGGGGGGAUCAGAGAAAGUCAAGGGGAGAUCAGAGAAAGUCAAGGGGGGAUCAGAGAAAGUCAAGGGGGGAUCAGAGAAAGUCAAGGGGAGAUCAGAGAAAGUCAAGGGGGGAUCAGAGAAAGUCAAGGGGGGAUCAGAGAAAGUCAAGGGGGGAUCAGAGAAAGUCAAGGGGGGAUCAGAGAAAGUCAAGGGGGGAUCAGAGAAAGUCAAGGGGGGAUCAGAGAGAAUCAAGGGGGGGUCAGAGGAAGUCAAGCGGGGAUCAGAGAAAGUCAAGGGGAGAUCAGAGAAAGUCAAGGGGGGAUCAGAGAAAGUCAAGGGGGGAUCAGAGAAAGUCAAGGGGGGAUCAGAGAAAGUCAAGGGGGGAUCAGAGAAAGUCAAGGGGGGAUCAGAGAAAGUCAAGGGGGGAUCAGAGAAAGUCAAGGGGGGAUCAGAGAAAGUCAAGGGGAGAUCAGAAAAAGUCAAGGGGGGAUCAGAGAAAGUCAAGGGGGGAUCAGAGAAAGUCAAGGGGGGAUCAGAGAAAGUCAAGGGGGGAUCAGAGAAAGUCAAGGGGGGAUCAGAGAAAGUCAAGGGGGGAUCAGAGAAAGUCAAGGGGGAAUCAGAGAAAGUCAAGGGGAGAUCAGAGAAAGUCAAGGGGGGAUCAGAGAGAAUCAAGGGGGGAUCAGAGAGAAUCAAGGGGGGGUCAGAGGAAGUCAAGCGGGGAUCAGAGAAAGUCAAGGGGAGAUCAGAGAAAGUCAAGGGGGGAUCAGAGAAAGUCAAGGGGAGAUCAGAGAAAGUCAAGGGGGGAUCAGAGAAAGUCAAGGGGGGAUCAGAGAAAGUCAAGGGGGGAUCAGAGAAAGUCAAGGGGGGAUCAGAGAAAGUCAAGGGGGGAUCAGAGAAAGUCAAGGGGGGAUCAGAGAAAGUCAAGGGGAGAUCAGAGAAAGUCAAGGGGGGAUCAGAGAAAGUCAAGGGGGGAUCAGAGAAAGUCAAGGGGAGAUCAGAGAAAGUCAAGGGGGGAUCAGAGAAAGUCAAGGGGGGAUCAGAGAAAGUCAAGGGGGGAUCAGAGAAAGUCAAGGGGGGAUCAGAGAAAGUCAAGGGGGGAUCAGAGAAAGUCAAGGGGGGAUCAGAGAAAGUCAAGGGGGGAUCAGAGAAAGUCAAGGGGGGAUCAGAGAAAGUCAAGGGGAGAUCAGAGAAAGUCAAGGGGGGAUCAGAGAAAGUCAAGGGGAGAUCAGAGAAAGUCAAGGGGGGAUCAGAGAAAGUCAAGGGGGGAUCAGAGAGAAUCAAGGGGGGAUCAGAGAGAAUCAAGGGGGGGUCAGAGGAAGUCAAGCGGGGAUCAGAGAAAGUCAAGGGGAGAUCAGAGAAAGUCAAGGGGGGAUCAGAGAAAGUCAAGGGGGGAUCAGAGAAAGUCAAAGGGAGAUAA